CACGCCCGUGAGACCACUCUCCCCGUCAGAUUCCUUCGGCUCAUAUUGUGCGUCUUGUCGCGUCGCAUUCGCAUCGCGUUGAAUUGAUUACCAAGCCUGCUGCCUUGUCGCGCCUGCCUAUCCAGUCACCAACCCGGCCUCAUACAAAGCGGCGGAACAUCUCCGACCCUCCGACGUAAUCAGAUAGAUUGAUAAACAUUUUGGGCUCACUUCACAUCCAUCCCCACCUCCACGGAAACAUCAGCACCGCGAUCCAACGGAGAAGCCACUCUCGACCAUGACCUUCCUCCGCAGCAUCGCCGACCGCUUCACCCCCACCCCAUCCUCAACAGCCACCAAAGCACGCCCGGACGGCUUCCUCACAGCAAAAGGCAUCGACGCCCUCUUCCCCCGCACGAACCCCGUCCUCGACGGCGAAGACUGCCUGCACGACUGCGACUCCUGCACAGCACACCUACCCCGGGGGUUCAAAAUCGACGAGGAGGAUGCGCUGUACGGGCACAUCAACGGCUGGAGUCGGCAUUUGAUCGUCGCGACGGGGAAGACGGAUUGGGUGCGGGAUGUGUGCGAUGAGAAGGGGAGUGUGAUGGAGGCUGUGGGGAAGCACGAUGAUGCUGUGACGGGUGGGAAGCUGAUGCUCAGCGCGAGCAACAUGAUGCUACCCGAUCACAAUUCCGGUCCAUAUGGAGCAGAUCGCCCGACGAGAGUCCUCCUCAUGCCAGCAUUCCAAUUCGUGGACGGAGUGACACCCAACUUGGUCCCAGGCCUGAUCAAAAGCGUCAUCAACUCUGCUCCAACAAACACGUCUCCCCUCCCCUCCACCACCUCCUCCUCAGCACAGAAACAACAAAACGGCAACGCCCACCCCCCAAAGCCCUCCCGAAUCCACCCCUCAGACCUCCCCGCCGGCAUGAACCUCCACAACUGCCCCCACAAAGCCGUCAUCCUAAUGUGCUCCCAAGCCACCCGCGACGCCCGCUGCGGGCAAUCCGCGCCCCUCCUCCGCCGCGAAUUCGAACGCCAUCUGCGGCCCCUAGGCCUCUACCGCGACGCAAUGGACGAAAGACCAGGCGGAGUAGGAAUCUACUUCAUAAGCCAUGUGGGCGGACACAAGUACAGUGCGAACAUCAUGGUGUAUCGAAGGGCGGAGAGGAAGAGAGAUGUAGAGGGGCAGAUGGCGAAUGGUGCUGAGGAUGAAACGGAGGCGGCGCAGUGUAUUUGGCUUGCGAGGGUGCGGCCGGAGGACUGCGAGAAUAUUGUGCGGUACACGGUUUUGCAGGGGAAGGUGGUGAAGCCGGAUCGGCAGUUGCGGGGGGGUUUUGAUCGGGAGAAGGGGGUGGUGAGUUGGUGAGGACCCGUUACACGGAAACAAGCAUAGAUGUAGAGGGGACUUUCGGGAUGAUACCGUUUCUCCAGAAGCAGAGCAAACA